AGACACCAUCGCUGGAAUGCACGCUCCGGUGGAUUUUCCGUUAGCCUUAAGGCCUAAGGCAACGUCGGCGAGGGCGGUUUAGAUUUGCUUGGGUCCAUAGACUAACCUAUAAGAGAGCCGGUGAAUGGAGAAUCCCCACGGCACUUCGCAGCAUGCGUUUCCUUUGGUCUGUUUUGUUCUCUCAGAUCCUUGCUGUUGUCAUCGCACAGCGGAGUCCAAUAUCUCUCGACAUCAUCUCUGGUGCUCCCGCCUCAGGACAGAGCAAGGUACACCUCACCUCCAGCGCAACAGGUUUCGAUGCACCUAAAGCGUUGCCAAUAAACGGCUCCAGCUUCGAUUGGUACUACUUCGAUAUCAUUUCAGAAGACUCAAGGUCCAGUAUUUUUUUGGCCUUCUUCCUCGCCCCCAUAUCGAGCCUGUGGGAUAACCUUCCAGUAUUUCCGACUGCAGUAUGGACAGACGCAUUUAUUUCUCUACCAGAUGGUUCUGCUCUGAAUCUCGAUGCGGGCGGCAAUGACCUGAUAGUCAUGACCACGGUCAAUGGCAGCUCCGGAACGCUCAAUGGGACGGGCUGGGGCUGGGCUGGUGUUCCCGAUAUGUCGUUCUACGAGGUUAUCAUCGACUCCCCGGAAACAGGAGUUCAAGGCACGCUUACAUUCAAAUCCACGGCUCCAGCGCAUUUUCCGUGCGCUCCUAUCACAGCAUCCGGUGAACAGUCGUUCAUGCUUGGGUCUGCCCCUUUCGGAUGGGCAAACGCUGUCCCGGACGCGAACGCGAACGUUGACAUCGUCAUUAACGGGACCGAAGUCAAAUUCUCCGGCGCUGGAUACCAUGACAAGGCAAGCAUUCUUGCAGGCAACUGGGGUCCCACCGCUGUUGAUACCGUAGCCAAGUCCUGGUUAUGGGGUCAUGCGCGUUUCGGCUCAUACACUAUCGUUUGGUACGAUCUCAUCUCGCCCGACGGCUCCGAGCACGUCAGCAGCUACAUAUCUCGCAAAGGCAAGGUGCUCGCCGCGUCAUGCUCGAAUAUGACCGUUCGCCCGACUGGCGCGAACAGCGUCUUCCCGCCUGUCUUCGGCAGUGGCCCACCUGGCGGUUUCCACAUCAGUGCAUACGUGGAGGGCGAGGGGCAGUUGGAGCUCGACGUGAAUCACACGACACUUAUCCUUGGUGAUUCAAACAUUACUAUGUAUCGCUGGUCCGGCAUGGUCAGGGGAGGGUUCAAGGAUGAUCGUCACGGAAUCACAUUGGACGGUCCUGCCAUGUACGAGCUGUUCGCAUUCUAGUCGCAUUGUUACCGCGGGUUUCGGACAGUUUAGCUUGC